UUUUUUUAAAUGUUUUGCUUAUUCACAACUGCCACGCUUCACACACACCUUUCGGGAUCUCAUCGCAACUUCAAACAACAUUGCAUCUUCCUCACUUUAUUUUCUGAAUCCCAUCUAUGCUUUUUAAAAAAAUUUUUGCUUAUAGCAGACACUGAAUCUGGAAUGAUCGGGGAGUUUUACGGAUUUCUGUGGGAUCCAGUUUAUCUGAUUCUCUUAGAUAUUUUCUGCAUUCUUGGGGAUGCCUUCGACUUUUCCAACAAUUUAUCUUCGGCUGUCCGUUGUGUGUAGUCCUGUAGACGUGUCUUAAUUUCUGAAAGGCUUUUAUCACUUCUAGAACCAAGCAGGGAAUAUGUUUGUUUGGAGAUUCGAGAAAGUUUAACUUGUGUGCAAGAAGAUGGCCAACACUUCUUCCUUCUCUUCUUCCUGGAGCUCCAGACCCCUACAACUGUUCCUUUGUCGUGAAGACUCCCUAGGGACUAGGCUGCCUUUGUCUUUGCUUUAUUUGUUGUUGGCUAUCUCUGGAACUUUAUCCAACUUCAUGGUUAUUUAUAUGGUCUUCACUUCCAGAAAGCUGCGUAUCACCAGCAAUGCUUUCAUUGUGAAUGGUUGUAUCGCUGACCUCAGUGUGUGUGGUUUUUGGAUGCCACAAGAAGCAACGCAGGGAUUGCUGCCUUCUGGUUCUCCUACAGCUCAUUCAGGAAGUUACCGCUUAUUCCAGAUUAGUCUUGUUGCUCUUGGGCUGUUUGUUUCAUUACUUUCCCACCUCUUGGUGGCCCUCAACCGCUACGUGCUCAUUACCAAACCACACAUCGUAUACCAGGCUGUUUAUCAGAGGAAGCAUACUACUUGGAUGAUAUGUUUGACCUGGAUAUUUGCUCUUCUCCUUGCCUUGGUCCCACCAGGGCUGGAAACCUGGCAACUGAUCCAGCAAGAGUCUAAAAAUGCCACCAGUAACAACAGCUCUAACUAUGCAAGUCUAGGAGUAGCCCUUGCUAUUCUCAGCCAGACAGUUCUCCUGCUCCAUUGCUACAUGAGGAUUGUGAAGCACGUUCAAGGCAGUGUCAAACGGGUCAGUGUCCUUGACUUCCAUCUGCUGCAACAGCUGCCCUUUCUCCAUACUACUGGCCAAGCUCCCCGUCGGUCCCAGCGCCAUUUGAGCAGCAUCUCUGUGUUGCUCCUGUGCCUAACAUUCCUCCUGACAACCCAACCAUUGGUGUGGGUAAGCCUCCUGGGUUUUUUCUUUCAGCCUGCCCCCCGUGGGCUGCAGUUAUCCAGCUGGCUCCUUCUCUGUUCUCUUUCUGCCUUCAACCCACUGCUCUAUACUUGGAAGAACGAAGAAUUUAGGCGUUGCCUACGCCUAAUACUACGUGGAAGAGAAUGUACAACUGUAGCAGUAGCCAUAGCAGAAACCUCUACAACUCUUCCAACAAUUUCUCCUCCAACUUGAGAGCCAUUACAGGUCAGCACCAAGUUAGAAAGCCCAAGGAGCUUAAAAUUUCAGCAAUUACCAAAGAAAACCUAUAGCACACCUGAAUGAAAGAGUGCUAGAAGGAAGUUGCAACUGGAAAUGACUCACUGAAAUGAAGUCUUCAACUUCUUAAGGAGAAGUUUUUUUUUUAUUGCUCCUUUAGAUAGGCUGGGGGGGGAAAGCAUAUAUAUUUGUAACAAAGUACAUUACUAUAUGCAAUUUUACAGGAGCUCGCUCAUUGUACACAAGCUAAGACAAGCAUCUUGUACAACUCAAAUUGCUUAUAAAUGUAUUAACUAUAAAGCAAGUAUGGGGUUUUGGUUA